GUAGGAGUUAGUGACAAGUGGGCAGUCAACUUUCACUUUACCCAUUGAGAAGGGACUAACUUUUGGAAAUAGACAAAAGUAAUUUAGAACCAAAUUUAACUGAAGAUCAUUGCAUUAUACUGUUCUGAGUCAAAAAACAUCUCUGAACUAUAAAACUUUUACUAUAAGAUAAAAAGAGGCCUCAUAUUAAGUUCCUGAAAGUUGUUUUAUUCCAUUUUUGAACAAUUCUAUUAAGAGUUUUUCCCUGAUAAUGAACCCUCUAUUGAAUGCAAAUAGAUCUCUUACCUUUUCAUAAUUUUUUUUUCAAUCCUGUUGCUGAUUAGCUAACAUCUCACUGCAUCAUUGGGAACCUCUUCCCUACCUUUUUUAUACCUUUUAGACUAAUUUUAAAAAUGUUGCUCUUGCCAUCUUGUCCUACCAAGGAUGAUCUUCUUUUUUUUUUUUUUAAACAAAAUCCAAUGUCUUCAUUACUAGUUUAUUUAAUUUCAUAUUAAAUGUCAUUGUAUUUUUUGCUCUGAAUAAUGGUUCCUACACAAAUGGGAAACAACAGGCACGGGUGGCCUUGAAAGCAAUACUUUUGGAGAUCAAGAACAUGUAGACACUCGCCCAACAGCAAAGUUUGACCCUUUUAAAUUUGACCCAUUUUUAAUACAUCUCCACUCAUACCAGUUAACAAAGUGAGUCUAUCCUUUUGGCAACAAGUUCUAAGGAAUGUUAAAUUAUAGAUGGACUUGUUUGGAUAUAAACUAUAGACAUGGACUCAUUCAUUUCCUUUUAUUUAGUUUGGAAUGGGGCAGUCAUAUUAUAUCAAAAUAAAAUAGCUCCAACUACUAUUAUGCUUAGAUAUUAUGCUAGGUUAUGAUAAUGACAAGCUGAAUUCAUUGUAUUAACCCCUUUCUAAUUAUCUAUUUUUUAGUAAAGAAAAAAAAAUCAUAUGAUGACAGAUGAAAAUUCAGAAAUUUUGUUAAAGCCAUUGGUCUUUCGUGCAGAUGAUUAUAUUCCUGAAGUAAUUAAAAAUGUUCUACUAGAACGUGGUUGGAAUAGAUAUAAUGAAGAUGUGCAAGAUGUAGCAGAUUGGAACCUGUAUUGGCGGACCUCGGCUUUCUGUAUGACUGAUCAUAACAAUGUUAAGCCAUGGCAACGACUUAAUCAUCACCCAGGAACCACCAGGCUUACCAGGAAAGACUAUUUGGCAAGACAUUUGAAACACAUGAAAGGGAUUUAUGGAGCAUCUCUUUAUGCCUUCUCUCCACUAACUUAUAUCAUGCCCAAUGACUACAUUAAAUUUGUGGCUGAAUAUUCUAGGGAGAAAGAGACCCUUGGCACUAAGCCAAGCUAUUGGAUUUGCAAGCCAGCAGAACUGUCUCGUGGGAGGGGCAUAAAGAUUUUCAGUGACUUAAAAGACUUGAACUUUGAUUGUUCAACAGUUGUACAAAAAUAUAUCAGCAAUCCCUUCCUCAUUGCUAAGUAUAAAAGUGAUCUGCGUAUUUAUGUUUGUGUUGCUGGCUUCCAGCCCUUAACCAUUUACCUCUAUCAGGAAGGACUGGUACGAUUCGCCACUGAAAAGUUUGAUCUCAAUAACCUGAAGAACAAAUGUGCUCAUCUAACCAAUAGCAGUGUCAAUAAAACUGGGGCCUCCUACAAGAAGAAUAAAGAAGGGAUUGGCUGUGGUUGCAAAUGGACCCUGAGCAAGUUCUUCACUUAUCUUCGCAAUCAGGAUGUGGAUGACCUGCUUCUGUGGCAAAGAAUCAACCACCUGGUGAUCCUCACAAUUCUCUCCAUAGCCCCUUCUGUCCCCUUUGCUUCCAAUUGUUUUGAGCUUUUUGGAUUUGACAUUCUGAUUGAUAACAAGUUCAAACCAUGGCUUUUGGAAGUGAACUGUAGUCCUGGCUUAUCUUUAGACUGUUCUUCUGAUGUGUCAGUGAAGAGAAAGCUUAUCCAUGAUAUCAUUGAAUUAAUGCAUUUCAAACAGAUUUGCCUGGAUAACACCAAAAAGAAAACUGGUGAAGCUUCAAGUCACCGGCCUCACAUUUCCUGGACUGGAGGUGAUAAAGAGAAAGUCCAUGAAAGUUCAAAGCCUUGGUGUAAAAUUUCCUGGGCAGAAGCUAAAAAAGAUAAAGACCUUGAAACUUCAGGACAAUGGACAAAUAUUUCUCAGUUUGGACAAAAAAACAGGAUUCAUACAUUAUCUGGAUAUACAUCUCAUUAUAAGGAGUCUUCCAAAAUUUUAUCUUUAUUAGAGUUCCAAGGAAUUGUCUAUAAGACAGAUUUAUCUGUCUUACAGAAAAAUGUCAAAAUUUUUCCUAAAGAAAUGUUUAUGGCAAAACCAAAAGAAAAGAAGGCAAAAGGUUCCCUACCGGCAGCCUUUCCAAAGAUAAGAAAUAUACAAACUACAUUCAAGUCAUUCCAUCACUCUCCAUCUUUUGAGUCAUGUAAGAAGAAGAAAAAUAUCACCCCAAAUUUGCUGUCAGAUAAGGGCAUGAGACCAUGCUCCCGUGCAGGUGAUUUUGUUCUCAUUUUCCCUUUCAAUGAAGCUACUCUUGCAGCUACCAAGAAUGGACUGGAUCUCAAAAAGGUCAUGCAUGAAUUUCAGAAGUUUGUAAAUAAACAACCAACACCAGAGGCAGAGGAUAAAACUAAGAAAACAUGACAAAGGAUUUUGAUGACUUAGGGACAAUAUGAAUGCAAGUCCCUGAAAUAUCUUUUAUCCCUGAAAUAUCUUUUAUCAUUGAAAAAUGACAAUAUUAUUUGCUUUUUGGCUAUCAUAUAAAACUAUCAAAAUUAGAUAAAAGGAAAAUUCCAUUAGAUAUAAUAUGUUUAAAUUUUUAUAGAUUUAAAACACAUAUAUUAUUAUUAAUCUAAGGUUUCCUCAAAAAUUCUGGGCAAGUGGUACCCACAUGCAUUUGGACAUGGCUUUCUGCAGUAACCUUAUAUAAUUAAAAAAUAAAAAUAAUAAAUGAUUAAGCUAAUAUGUUACAGGAUCUUAGAAGAAGAAUAUAAGACUAAAAUAUCAGGAGUAAAAAUACUAAACAGCCACAUUUUAAUAGAUCUUUUCAUGGGACUCUCUUAAUGACCAAUUUCUUCAUAAUGAAUUCUACUUCAUAACAAAUAUCUCAUAAUGUAUACCCAAUGCUACUGCCACAUUCUGAUGUUGGUUAAGUCAUUUCUCCUUUUGUGCCCUCAAUUUCCUCAUCUAAAAAUUGAAGGAAUUGGAUUCACUGAUUUUUAAGGUUUCUUCCAUCUCUAACAUCCUAUAAUACAUCAAAGUUUUCCCCUAAACAAAGCGCAAAACUAAGGAAAAAAGGACACCAAAAGAUUCCCUAA